AUGGCUGCACCAAAUCAACAUACGACAUCCCUAAAGCUGGCUCAAGCUGCCAUUUUCAAUGGCAAAGGCCUCGAAGAUGCAGCAGCUUAUGCUCGCUAUCUUUCACAAUUCCAGGACCGUCCUCUCCAUCCUUCCAUUACUCUAGAGCCAUCAAAGUUCAACAGGUAUGGGAUGGACAUCUCUCGCCUGAUCAACACCUUAGGCUGGGGGGAUAUCCUUCCUAACCGAAACUUUGGGUUUCGUCCAGAGGCUGUACGCAUGUUUUAUGCGAACAUGAAGCCAUGUCUCCACAUUUCACCACCUUGUUUCACUACCAUAGUGUACAACUAUCUGAUUACCUUGAAUGUGGAGCUGAUAUCCUUGUUGCUGGGGAUCCCUGUGGCUGGAGCAGAAGUCAUGAAUGAACUCGACUUUCAUUCUGUCGAGUUCAACGAAAGAGAUGCUCUGCGACUGUAUACUCGUGAUACAGGUCGCUAUUAUCCCUCAGAGUUUCAUUCUGGAAGACUGCCUGAUGACCUGAAGGUUCUGCACUUCUAUGUAACUCGGUUAUUCUUACCUCGUUCCUUUGGACUUCAUACCAUUUAUCCUUCUGAUCUAUGGAUUCUUGCUAGUGCCAAGGAGAAUAGGGUUAUUAGCUAUCCUCAUCUGAUGUUCGACCAUAUGUUGAACUAUCAUGCUGACAACCUUGAGGCCGAGCUUCCAUUCGCCCCUCAGAUUACUCAGAUCCUGCUGGCCUUAGGGAUUGACUUAAGGUUCAAGGUAGCUCGGGUGGACAUGCUUAGCUCUCUUCGUGCACAGUUUAUCUUGCGCAAAGUUGAUGCUUCUGUUGGUCGUCGAGCACCUAUAGUCAAUGCUCCAGGGGGAGACACAGCUGCCCAUGCGCUUCCUGAGGAUGGCCUUAGCCUUGCUGAGCUUGAUGGAGAUGAAGCUGUAAGGGAACCAGAAAUUUUUGUCAGAGACAAUGGGAAACGACCUAUGGUUGACCCGUUAGAGGCUGUUCAAGCCAUGUUCAGGCAGGAGGAGGCAAGCAGCAGCAGGAAUAUGAUGAUGGAGGAUGAAGAUGCUAUCUCUGACUACGUGCCUUCACCAGAAUUUGAUUUCUAA